AUUUGCGCUGUGCCAGCUCUUCUGCUCUGCUCCAUACGCAGAAAGACGUUGUGGCAGAGCACAUCGUUUAUCGAGCUCCGGCGAGGAUUGGGACCUAGGCAGUUUCGCUACCGCGAGCUUGCUGCCGCGACGGACAAUUUCGCCGAGGAAAGAAAGAUCGGGAGAGGGGCGUUCGGUCCGGUGUACCGAGGCUACUUAAGUGACCAAGACCGGCAUGUGGCCAUCAAGGCGCUCUCGCAGGAACAGACAACCGUGCAGGGACGGAAGGAGUUUGAGGCAGAGGUCAACAUCAUGAGCCGGCUUAGACACCGCAACAUCGUCCAGCUCGUCGGCUGGUACCGUGGCCGGAGGUCACUAGCGAUUGUCUACGAGCUCGUCUCCGGAGGCAGCCUCGACACCCAUCUCUACAGUCCUGACAAACCCUUAACGUGGCCAGGGAGGUACAGAAUCGCGCUCGGCCUGGGCUCCGCCUUGCGGUACCUCCACACGGACUGCGGCCAGUGCGUCGUGCACGGCGACAUCAAACCCGCAAACGUGAUCCUCGACGCGUCGCGCAACGCCAAGCUCGGCGACUUCGGGCUAGCGAGGCUCCUCGACCACGGAGCCGAGCCACGGACAACGCAGGUCGUCGCGGGAACCCUAGGGUACAUCGACCCGGAGUUCGUCAGCAGCCGCAGGCCGAGCGCCGAGUCCGACGUGUACAGCUUCGGCGUCGUGCUCCUCGAGAUCGCUUGCGGCCGGCGGCCGACGUCGAGGCGGCCUGAUCAAGCCUCGGCCGCGCUGCUGGCCUCAGUCCGUGUCAUGUACCAUGGGAACCGGAUCGUCGACGCGGCGGACCGGAGGCUGAAUGGCGAGUUUGACAGGCUGCAGAUGGAGCGCCUGCUCGUCACAGGGCUCUGGUGCGCGCACCACGACCCGAUGCGGCGGCCGUCCGUUGCGCAGGCCAUGGAUGUGCUACGAUCUGCAGACGCCAAGUUGCCCGUUCUUGCAGAGAUGCGUCGCGCUGGGGAGGUUCGCUCUUUGGAGGCACAGGCUUAUGGCGAUGUGUCUGCCGAGGGCUCUGCUUAUUUCUCAACUGAACGUGCGUCCCCCAUUAUGACCGAUGAUUCCGGGCACUCCCAAUGCAUCAUAUGUUAAGCUACCUACACGUGCUUAGAACUUUAUUAAAGGGAACGCCUAUGUCAUAUCUAGAUGUGAGAUAAUAUCUCAAAUUUAAGUAUGAUGUCUGCCACCAAUGCCACCAUAUUUUUCGCUAGCUUUUAAAAAAAAAACUGAUCGCUAGUGCUAACAUCGACUUUGUUAGCUUUUGCGUCUGAUCGUUAAACAUUUACAAGUACGUCUCUCAUCGCGAGCUUCUAGGCCACAUAUGAUUUAUUUAUUUUGGCCUUUUAGUUUUUGCGUUUCUCACUCUUAUAUUUUAUAAUUAAUUUUUGGUAUGGAACAAUGUUUGAU